AGUCCCCGCCAUAAUCACAAAUAUCCACUAUCAUCGGAAUACUAUCUUGUAUAAGUUUAGAUGUUUAAUUGGUUACCUCCUCUAUGUACUACAUGUAGUGAUAUCGUUUUGACCUACACGUACAGUAGCAGAGAGAACAUUAUUUGGAAAAGUUUUCCGCGGUAAAGGAAAGUCAGAACUAAACCACUUUUCUGCGGAUCAAUGUCAAUCUUUGAACUUGGCGAUAUGACAGUUUGAACGAUAUGCCUGCAUGAUUAUAUGAUAAUCGAAUGAUUUGGGAUCUCUUCUUAUCUUUGAGUUAAAGGUUCAAACGUCAUUAUCAUGAUUAUUGGUUCUGGAUAAACACCAGUUCUUUGGAUUUCUAAAUCAUGCACCAUGGGCUGGAAAAUAUUGCUUAAUUUGAGUUGUUUGUCUCUGAUGAUAUCUCUUUGUUUUGCGUGUGGUGCGUCCAGUACAGGCUCGAAAAAACCGAAUAAACCCUUCCAUGGCAUCCUAACCGAACCUAUGGCAGAUGUUUGGCUUGGAGCCAUAGAAUUCGUCGACUUCACAUGCGGUCUUCCUACAAAACCUGACAAAGCUCCUGAACAACCGACAGCCAAUCCUCUCCGCAACUUACCGUCUAACUACGCCAACCAAAUCGCACAGAGUAUGAAACUACCCACCGGCAAGGUCAACCCCUACAAGUUCGACCACUCCUUCGUUUACUUCCGGUGCAAGACCUUCGAGUGGGGUGCCAGCGUGGUCUACGACUACGGAGAAGCCACCAUCGGGCGUGACCCUCACGUUUGUCCUGCCAUCUGGAGCUUGCAGAGAGGAAGCAACUGCACCUUGGACCAGGCAGAAAAGAUGGCCAGGGACUUUGGACCGAUUCAUGGAGCGUAUCACCUAUUCACAAACAACUGCCAUCAUUUCGCUGAGUGGUUGAUGAAGAAGCUUAUUGCUGGCGACUGCAUCGUCAAAUAGAAACGUCAACGACUCAUAGCCUCAGCCUAUUGGCGUCUUCAAGCGAGGCAGAGGAUAACGUUUGUCUAUAUCAAAAUAGAUCUACUUAGCCUAAUUUUAUAAACCUGUAGCUUUCGGUUUUAUAACGUGCCCCGAAUGUAUAUAGCUGACUUCUAGGUGGUUAACACGACUAUAAAGUUGAAUGCAGGAUAAUGCUUUGCUCACGUGCAUAGGUGCCGCGGCCGAGGAUCGAACCCCGGACUUUCAAAGUAAAGUCAGGCGCCUUAGACCACUCGGCCACGACACCUACACACACACACCCUCUCUCACACACACCCGCACACACGCACGCAUGCGUCUGGCGAUACAUUUUCGUAGCUAUCCAGGCCCGAUGUCAAUCCAAAGUCAAGAAAUACCGCAUGGUCUGUGUUUUAUAGCUUCAUGGUCAUAGGUUCUCAUGGAUAUUCAUAUACACGGAUAGAUAUUCAAGUUAUAAACAAAUGGUGGUGGUAUGGUAUUUAUUAUAUCAUGCAUCGCAGUAACAAAGACUGAAUUGCACUUGGAUAUACAAUAUCAAAAAUGUACAGUCUCAAAGCAGUGGAAUUAUUUACAUAAUUAAAAAGUACACAUAAUAUCACAGACUAUGUGCAAUAAAUAACAUACUACUGCGUAUUAAACCAUACAUAUUAUUUACGAU